AAACAAGAGACGGUGUUGGGUUUGACAAUCAAGUAACCGCAGAUGACUGCUCCGCCACGCCAUCCCAACCGGCAGACUAUACCUCAAUGACCCUAGUUUCAAAUCGGUAACAGUAUCCAUUGAUUCUUGAAGCAAGAAAAUGAAAAUCCACGGCGACGUCAAUGCUCAAUCGCUGUUUCAUUCAUUCAGACAUGGGUUUAGAAGCUUUUCUCAUAACGCCCACUGGGUUACUUCAUCUGGGUUUCAAAUCUCUUUGGCCAGUAGUAUCCUGAGUGUUGCUGGUUUGAUUUUGGCCUUAAGAGACGGCAGAGGAAGGAGGAGUUUCAACAAUUUGUUAUCAUGGUCGCCGUCGUCGGAGAGCAAAUCUUCGCCGGAGGAAUUGUGGGCAGUUCCUGGAUUGCAAAACCUCGGAAACAAUUGUUUCUUAAAUGUAGUUUUACAGGCUUUGGCUAGUUGUUCUUGUUUCUUGAAUUCCCUCCAAAAGAUGGUGGACGAGUUUGAAGCUUCAUCGGAGGACGAACUAAAGGGGGUUAUGCCACUUGCAGUGUCGUUGAAUUAUCUAUUGAAAGAACUGUGUAAAGUUCAGCGUGAAGGCAAAGUAUUAAGUCCACGAGAUGUGAUGCUCGCAAUGGCUCUUUAUACACCUAAUUUCAAUUUAACUAGUCAGCAGGAUGCAGAAGAGGCGUUAGCCCACAUUUUGUCUUCUUUAAGGAAAGAAUGCUCAGUAUGUUUUGCCUCAAAUCAUAAGUCUCUAGCGGUUGCAACAGCCUUGGGUAGUCGUAUUCUUACUCCGGAGAGAAGGGUUUUUUAUAGUGAGCUAGAAAGAUGGACUCAGAGUUUCCUUGGACCAUUUAACGGGAUUGUUGGCAGCAUUUUAACUUGCCAAAGCUGUUCGUUUCAGAUUUCUAUGGAUUUUCAAUUCUUCAAUUGCUUGUACCUUUCACCACCUACAUACGGGGGUAGUUCUAUUAUACCUGGAUGCUCAAUAGACGAUUGCCUGAAGCAAUUUUUUGUUGCUGAAAGGCUUGAAAACUACUUUUGCACUCACUGUUGGCAUGCCACCGCCAUCAAAUAUUCUUUGCUAAAGCAAAAUGAGUCAGAUAUUGGAAAACUUCGAAGCUGUAGCAAGCAGGAUACAUGCGACUGUAAAAAUAUACCAUCUCUUGGAUCAUUACCUUGGUCAAAUAACUAUUCUCGUACUUUCAAGCAGUUACAUAUUGCACGUAGUCCAAAGAUUUUAUGCCUUAACUUACAACGUGCUUCAAUCAAUGUAUAUGGGGAAUUCGUCAAGCUUAAGGGUCAUAUAUCUUUUCCCUUGACUUUGAACAUAUCGCCGUUUCAGAAUAGAGGAGUUGGAAUACAGCAUUCUGACCAGAAGUUGCCAAUCAGUAGAUUAGUACAGCAAAAUCAACAGGCAAAUCGUUAUUCUGACUUUUUUAGAUUACAAACCGAUGCAUACCCACGUCAUAUAUACAAACAAGGAACGGAAAACAGUUUAACAGAAACAUAUAUUGCUGAGGAAACCCGACAACCUUCAUCAGAAGGUUAUGCUGACGGAGAAAUUCAGGAAGAACAAAACAAAAGCUGUUCAGACAACUCUGCGAAUACUACUACACAUCAAGAUAGCAAGGUGGGCGAGACCUUGAAUGUGACGCCAAGUGGACAUCAUUCGUAUAAUCUUGUUUCUGUAGUGGAACACUUUGGAAAUACGAGAAGCGGUCAUUAUACAGUUUACAGAAGAGUAAUAAAGAAUCGUGGAACAUCGGAGUCUUAUUACUGGGUUGGAGUUUCGGAUAGCCGAGUUUGUAUGGUAUCGGAGGAAGAUGUUCUUGCUGCAGAUGGGGUUACCUUGCUUUUCUACCAAAGAGUUUUGGAAACUUGAUUGAGAGCUGCUAUUUAUGUUAUUGGAUACAACUUUGAUCAAGUUAGUGUAGCGACCUUGCUCCAUAUUUGUUGAUUUACCGUAGAAUAUCAUCCCGGAAGGGUAGUUUUGUCUUUUACUUGUGAAAUUUGUAGCUCAAAUUGGCUAUACUUGUUGAUUUACCUUAGAAUAGGAACCAGGAAGGGUAAUUUUGUCUUUUACUUGUGAAAUUUGUGGGUCAAAUUGGCUAUAUACUUGUAAUCCUUUGUAACAGAGAAAUAGAAGA